AUGGCCUCAAAUAAUGAAGCCACAGGCUCCGAAAUCCCAGACAGGACGGUCGACGCUGCGAUAUCGAAGGACUACGACCUCUCACAUCCCAUCAACUCGACAUCGGGACUCCGGCAAGGCCUAACAUCAUACGGCGAUGCACAUUUCUCGCUAUUUCUUCGAAAAGUCUUCAUCAAGGCAUUGGGAUACUCCGACUCGGCGUUAUCGUCACCCAUCAUCGGCAUCAUCAACACCUACUCGUCGUUCAACCCGUGCCACUCGAAUGUGCCGCAGCUGAUCGAGUCCGUCAAGCGCGGGGUGCUCGCUUCAGGGGGCUUACCGGUUGAUUUCCCGACCAUCAGUAUCCAUGAGAGUUUCUCCAGUCCGACGAGCAUGUACCUGAGGAACCUGAUGAGCAUGGACACGGAGGAGAUGAUCAAGGCGCAGCCGGUCGACGCGGUCAUCAUGAUCGGUGGAUGUGAUAAGACUGUGCCGGCACAGCUGAUGGGUGGGAUCAGUGCAAACAAGCCGAUUCUACCGUUGAUCACGGGGCCGAUGAUGCCCGGGUCGGUGAAAGGUGAGCGCGUUGGCGCAUGCACGGAUUGUCGAAGCAAUUGGGCGAAAUACCGUGCUGGCGCUAUCGAUGUGGAGGACAUUAUGGAUGUCAAUGAGGAAUUGGCACCCACUGGUGGGACGUGUGGUGUGAUGGGCACUGCAUCGACGAUGGCGUGUAUCACUGCUGGUCUAGGCCUGCUCGAACUGAGGGGCGGAGCGACCGCGGCAGCAGUGAGCUCAGCGAGACUGAGAGUUGCUGAACAAGCGGGUAGGAAUGCAAUUGCUCUACUGAAGUUGGGAAACAAUAAGCCGCAGGAACUGCUGACACGAGAGAGCUUUCUGAACGCCAUCAUAGUCCUUCAAGCAAUCGGAGGAAGCACGAAUGCUGUGGUUCACUUGAUGGCAAUCAUCAACAGACACCCAAAGGUGGCGGGAACCAUUGAUCUCAAGACAUUUGAUGAGAUUGGUAGAAAAACGCCCCUUCUGGUUGAUUUGAAGCCUAGUGGUGAUAAUUAUAUGACCGACUUUCAUAAUGCUGGUGGUAUGCUAGCGCUGCUGCAUACGCUGCGGCCCUUACUGCACCUCAAUGCUACGACUUAUUGUGGCAAGACUUUGGGGGAACUUCUGGACACGACCCCAUUCAAGUCAUUCGAGUACUCUAGGCAAAUUGUCCGAUCACUAGACAAUCCUCUCCAUCCAAGUUCAAGCUUGGUUGUUCUUUAUGGAAAUAUUUGUCCCAACGGCGCAGUCAUGAAAGCAUCAGCGUCCAAGAAUCGAACUCUACUGCAUCAUCGAGGCACGGUCUGCGUUUUUGAGAAUUCCGCCGACAUGGCUAAGCGGAUCGAUGACCCCGAUCUCGAUGUGACGGAGAACUCGAUCCUCGUGCUCAAGAGUAUCGGCCCCGUGGGUAAUCCAGGCAUGCCAGAAGCCGGGUUAAUCCCCAUUCCGCAGAAACUAGGACGGCAGGGUGUCCUUGAUAUGUUGAGAAUCAGUGAUGGACGAAUGAGUGGGACUGCUGGAGGCACGAUAAUACUCCAUAUAUCGCCAGAAUCUGCAGACCUUGACUCUGUGUUUGGAGUCGUGGAGAAUGGGGACAGAAUAGUAUGUGACGUCGAAAACAGGAAGCUUUCCUUGGAAGUUGAAGACUCAGUUCUUGCGGAAAGGAUCGCGGAACGUAAACGGCGAGCUCAUUCAGUAUCAUCUCAUGGUGAGCAAGGUACGGUAAAAGAGCCAUGGUUGGAGAGGUCGAAUCGCAGAGGCUAUCGUGGACUUUAUGAACGGGAGGUGAAUCAGUCUCACUUAGGCUGCGAUUUUGGAUUCCUUACCGCUGAGGGUCCUGAACCUUCCAAAUGA